AUGUAUCCAACCGGCCAAUUUAACGGCAAAGUCAUUGCAAUUACAGGGGCAGCGUCAGGGAUCGGGUUGGAAACUGCCCUCAUUCUUGCUGGCCGCGGGGCAACUUUGUCACUGGCGGACAUCCACAGCGAAGGGCUGCAGCAGCUCCAAGCCCGACUGCUGUCUGACCACAACGUACAAGUGCUCAUCACCACACUUGACGUGCGUAACGUCGAGGACGUCGAAGCCUGGGUGCAACAAACCGUGAGCCGGUACGGCAGGCUCGACGGGGUGGCGAACCUUGCCGGCGUCAUCCCGAAAUCCCUCGGCCAGAGGGGCGUCUCGGAGCAGGACCUCGACGAGUGGGACAGGGUCCUCAGCGUGAACCUCACCGGUCUCAUGCACUGCCUUCGAGCGGAGCUGAAGGCCAUCUCCGACAACGGCUCCGUUGUCACGGCCUCCUCGAUCGCGGGGUCGACGGGCCGGCGGAACAACGCGUCUCACACGGCCUCCAAGCAUGGCGUGCUGGGGCUCACCAGGACUGCUGCCAAGGAGGUUGGGGCUCGAGGCGUCAGAGUCAACGCCAUCUGCCCUCCGCCGAAGAUGGGCUCGGUAUCCGAGUCCGGCCGGGUGACCCCGCCUAUCCGGACAUAG